AUGAGUGAAAUGACAAUCUUAACUUUAUCAUUUAACGCACAGAGUUUAAAAUUUCAAGAUGAUGUCUCUAUUGGUGGCAAAAUAACAGCGAAUGUAAAGUUCUUGAGUUUUAAGGAACAAAAAAUAUUUGAACCAGUUGUUCCUUCUUCGAAUCCAAUGUUCUUAUAUACUGGUAGAUCGUUUACGUUUGGUAUUAGUCGUUACACGAAAUCUGAAUUGUAUAAGGAGUUCAUCUUGUACGUAAAUUUACAUCAAACUGACCCGGAUAAAAUGUUGUCAGAAUCUGUGGUAGAUAUCACUAACAUUUUCCGUGAUAUUUACUGUAACGACCCUACACCCGAUAAUUCUCAAACCCAGGUGAAAACCAUUGUACGAUUCAAUGAUGAUACGGGUAAACUUAUAGCCACGUUGGACGCUAUCAUUGGUAUAAUUCCACCUGUAACGAACCUUGUCUCUGACUUGCCUAUAGAUGUAGACAUUAAUAAUCAGUUCAUUAAUACAACAACUGACUGUCAAACGUGUCCAAAAGUAUCAGAUAUUAAAUGUCCCGAUGAUACCGAGCAUAGCGAUGAUGGUGAAUGGGAUAUGAUGAGCGCGGAACUAAAAAAUGGUCAUUCAAUUGCUAUAAAAUAUAAAAGGAAAUAUUAUUCAUUUCAACCAACGGAACCCGAUGAACAAUGUGAAGUAGAAGAAGACCCCACUACUAAAAGCGAAGAAAAAUUAAAUUCUCAUAUGCUCGAAUUGCUCUCAGAUAUGCAUAAACUAAUAUCAGAAAAUCCAAAAUCCAAAAAACCAGAAUUAAAAUAA